AAAGCAAUUGUUGAAACGAGUAAGUUCUCUGCGCGUAUUUUGGUGAUUUUAUCAUCAGUUUAGAAUCGAAUCAGUUGAAUGAGAAUCGAAUAAAAAAUCACAUAAAAAUCAAAAAACGUUCCAAUGUACGGUAAAAUAGUUAUUGCCUAGAAAACGUGACGGAAAAACUGUGAAUUGAAACGAAAAGAAGUUGCUAUCAAAACGCGGUCGUGAAUUCAAAUACAAUAUUUUGUUUGUGAAAAUUUGUGUUUAUCAUAAAAAAUAACAAAAAAAAAACACCUGAAUCGAUUUUUUACAAUACAACUAUUUCGAAAGAAAACUUUUGCAUUAAUAACUACAUCAUAAUUAUAAUAUACAAUACAGGCGACAAUAACAAACACGAAGCUGGCAAAAAAGAAAAAUCGACAGUAUAUAAGAAAUUGUAAACAGAAACGUUUGGAUAAAAGGGCAAACAAAAAGGACAACGACAAUAACAACAAUGAACACAUUCGUACGUCAUCAGCCGAAAAUCCUGCGUAGCGGGCAAACCUGGAUGACAUUCAGCAAAAAUGGAAAUAGAAAGUACUCCACGCCACAAUAUUUACCACGCUAUGCGCUGCGACGACUCAACGGCAGUUCCAGUUUAUGGACGGGUGGCAGUUGCACCGGUGCACAAGUUGGAAUGCAGUCAAUGUUGCUUUCCCGUUGGAAUGAUAUCAGUGAAUCCAGCUAUCACACUGAGAGCAGCAGCUUUUAUUACACAACAAGAAAAUUCCAUUUAUCACGUCGUUUAGGUGAAAAUGCUUCGUCAAAAGUUGAGGUGACCGUCAAAACGAUGAAGGAAAAACAAAAAGAAAAGGUCGAAGAGAUCAUAAAGGAAGCAAGCGCUCCGGCUGUUACUAAAGCGGUCGGCGAACCGGUAGAAACUGGAAAAGCCAUUGCUGCCGAACCGCCAAAAGCUGUUGUCGCUAAAAAGUCGUUAGGCACACGUGUCUGGGAGGAAUUGGUGCAUUAUUAUCAUGGAUUCCGGCUGCUUUUUAUCGAUAUAAAUAUUUCACGUAAACUACUGUGGCGUAUACUUAAUGGAAAGACGCUUACGCGUCGUGAGAAUAAACUACUUUUGCGUACCACCUCUGAUCUGUUCCGACUGAUACCCUUUUCGGUGUUCCUAAUCGUGCCGUUCAUGGAAUUGCUCUUGCCGUUCUUUAUACGUUUCUUUCCGGGCAUGUUACCGUCCACGUUCCAAACAGCCAAGGAUCGCGAAGACAAAUUGAAGCAAUCGCUACAAGUACGUCUCGAGAUGGCGAAAUUCCUACAAAAAACGCUUGACGAAAUGGCUGUGCAGCAUAAGGAUCACAGAAGUGAGGAUGCCAAACAAUUUGCGGAAUUCUUCGAAAAAAUAAAGGAUCCCAAAGAGCAUGUACCGAUUGAGGAGAUCAUCAAGUUCGCCAAACGCUUCGAGGAUGAAGUCACAUUGGACUCAUUGUCACGCGAACAAUUGGCCGCUUUGUGUCGCGUGCUCGAGCUUAACACCAUGGGCACCAGUAAUUUGCUGCGCUUUCAAUUGCGCGUUAAAUUGCGUUCGCUCGCCGCUGAUGAUCGUGUAAUAGCGCGUGAAGGUGUCGACGCCUUGGAUCUAUUUGAAUUGCAGCAGGCUUGUAAGGCACGCGGUAUGCGUGCCUAUGGGCUGACAUCGGAAAAAUUGCGUUCACAGCUGCAGGAAUGGAUUGAUCUGUCGCUAAAUGAAAAGGUACCACCGACGCUACUCUUAUUGUCACGUGCACUACUGAUUUCCGACGAAACCGCGACAACGCACAAACUGGUCGAAACCAUUCGUGUACUACCCGAAGCAGUGGCCACAAAGACAAAGGAAAAGAUUGGCGAAAGCGAAGGAAAAAUUGAUAACAAAACCAAGAUUGAAGUGCUUAAAGAAGAAGAGCGUAAAAUUAGAGAGGAGCGCGAGGAAGAACGCGAGGCUGAAAAGGCCAAAUUGGAAGAGGAGAAGGCAAAGGCAAACGAAGAAUUGCUCAGCAAAGUACCCUAUUUACAUUCUAGCACUUCGUCUAUCACUGAGGAACGCAAACAAGCCGAAGCAAGCAAUAAUAUAUCCUCAAAAGACGUGGAAUUACUGUCCGAUGCGCUAAAAUCAUUGUCGACAGACAAGAAGAUGAUGGUUGAGAAAGAGACACUGAAAGAUCUCAAAGAGGAACUUGAAGAUUACAAAGAAGAUGUGGAAGAACUGCGUGAAGUGCGCAAUGUGGUGAAGGAACCAGUGCACGAGAGUCGCGCAGCGAAAUUGCUCUUCAAGAAGGUGAAUAGCAUGAUAGGACACUUGGAUAAGGUGUUAGUGGAUUUGGAGAAGAAACGCGAAAGUAAGCAAAAGAAAAUUAAAGCUAGCUCGGAAGAAGUUUUGGCGGGACCGUUACAAAGUCAAGAACUUAUGCAAGAUGAGGAUACUGUGCACAUCGAAGAGCUUAUGAAUACCAUUAAGAAGUUGCAAAAGACUUCCGAUGAAACGCGCUUGAAGCAAAUCGAAAAAGUACUAAGCAAAAUCGACGCCGACAAAGAUGGCAUGAUCACCGUGGAUGAAGUGCUGAAUGUCGUUGAAGCGAUCAGUCGCGAUAAUGUCAACUUGUCGGACAAACAAAUCGAGGAAUUGGUGACAUUACUCGAUAAGGAGAACAUCAUAGAGGCGGAGGAACGUUUGGAGAAGGCCAUUGCGAAGAGCAUUAAAUUGGCAGAAAAACAAAUUAAAGAUCAACAAAAACAGGUGGAAGAACAGAAGGCCUCAGAUGUACUGAAGGAUACUGCACCUGAAUUGAAGGAUAAUGCCAAGGACUUGAGUGUGGAUUGUCAAACGAAGAUUGUAAAAACGGAGGUAAGCAACGAAAAGAGUCCACUAUUGGAGGCAGCAGAAAAGCAAAAGGAGAAGAUACUCCCGAAAAAUGAUAUAUCCGCGCAAAUACCACAACAACCGCUACCCGCACCACCACCACCAACAACAGCGAACCAAGUGAAUCCAAAAGAUAAAAUGCUAUGAUUUGAGGAUGAAGGUGAUCAACCCAAAAAACAAACUCCAGAUAACAGUCGUCGCAGCAAGUAAAAUUGUGUUUAAAACAAAACAAAAAAAAAAUAUUAAAAAAAAAACAUCGUUUGGCGACUUGGUUGUUUUUAGGGGAAUAAAAUGUGGUGUGCCAGCGUGAGUGUGUGCUGUGUGAUAAUGAAAAAUGUGACUUAGACGUUUGUUGGCGGACUUAUUAUGGAAAAUAAAACUGGAAAGGUGUAAAGUUAGUUAUUGAAAAAAGAAGAAAGAAAGAGAAAUAUGAAAUUCAGAUGCAAGCGUAAAUUAUAGCAACUCUUGUUAGAACUGAUGCGUUGGAAGGCAUUUAUAAGCAUUUGUCACACAAGUCUUAAUUAACGAAUUGGCGAAAGGCAAUGUAAUAAUGAUAAUAAGAUAAUAUUAUAUAGCAGAUAUUAUAUUAUCUUUUAUUAGUAUUACUAUUAUUGUUUUAAUAUUUUCUUUGUUUCGUCUCAAAUGCUUUUAAAUAAUUUCCAAUGCAAAAUUAUUGCCUCUCUGAGCAUGCCCAUUAUUUAUCAAAACCAAAAUUCUAAUUUUAUUAAUUCCAAGAAUUCAAAUUGUUUUGUAAGCUGUAACGUAAUGUAUUUGCAGUAGACGAAUGCUAAUAAAUUUAUGAAACUAGUGCUUUGUGCUUAUUUUUUGGCAACUCUUUUUUUGAACCAAAAUAAAUAACAAAAUAAUUUUGACAGUCUGCAUUCAUGUAUAUUAUGACAUUAGGCAACAAAAAUGCAGAAUUCUGCAUUAUCGCAUAAAAUUCGCUUGCAAAUGUGACAUUAGGCAACAAAAAUGCAGAAUACUGCAAAUUCGCAUAAAUUAUUUAUAAAUACUAACAUCUUUCACUGUUCAUGCUGUUGGUCUGCUUACAAAACUCCACCACAAAUUGUGAGGCUGUAAAAUUACAUAAACAUAUUAAAACUUUUUAAAUUUGUUAUAAUUUUUUAUUUGCAUUGUAACUGUAUAAUUAAAUUACAUAAAGAUAUUGUAAAAAUUUUGAUACUAAAUGUAAACAAUGAAUAUGAAAGUUGAUUAAUAUGCAUAUAGAAAGAAAAUCAGCGAAAUCAAUGCAAAACAACUACAACAAAUAUAAACUGCUCCAUACAUUAGCAGUUGUAGUAAGUACUUAACUGCUAGAUAUUGUAAUUUAAUAUUUAAAAGCAAACAGUUUAAGUGAAAAAUAUAAGUGAUCUAUGUAUGUGUAUAUAAAUGGUUAAAUUGGUGGGCUAGUGCUAAAACGUAUCUGAAAUAUGUACGUGUAUAUGUAAUAGUACUAAGUAUGUUCAACUUUAUUUACAAUGAACGAAGAGUAAUGCUCGACUUUAAAGCUGUUUCAUGUUAUUAUAUAAUGGCUUUGUUUUCAUUACUGUGUGGUUUUUAUUACGAAACAAAGCUAUUGCUAUUUUCGAAACUAAAAUUUUCAGUUAUUGAUUUUUCGCCACUUCUACCGACAUAAAAUUGUAUAAAGUGCUAUUGUUAUUAACAAAAUAAUUUAAUUUUUUUUUGAAUAAAACAAAGUAACUUACUGUGCUACACGUUUUCAUUGAUAUUUUAUUAAUUUCCGCAGAAUUGCUGCCGCAAGUCGGUAUUAAGUUAUAUAUUUAGCUUUUAAAAUGUAUGCACACGGUUUCGAGAAGUAACAAUAAAAACAAUAAAAACCCUUUAAACUUCAAUAUGGGUUCCUAAGCAUCAACUGACAACAACAACAAUAUAUUGUAACUGAAUAUAUUAUAUAUGCAAUUGCUUUAGUUGCGCUCCAGCUACUAAACAUACCAAUUUAUGUAUGUGUAUGUACAUAUAUACAUAUGUAUAACCGCGAUACUUCGAUGCACAUGAAUUUAUGCUUUAAUUUUAAUUAUUUGUAAAUUACAAACUUGUAUAUUAUGAAAUUCUAAUGAUAUAAUUGAGUACAAUAAAAACGACAUCUAAAAACACGAAAAA